AUGUUGGAGAUCUCAAGGCGGCUGGUGAUCAACGACAUGUUCUAUGAGAGGUUGUCGCAUGCUGCUGAAGGAACCUCGAUUUCGAAGAGGAGGCAGGCAGAGAUUGAGGAGGUGUUGAAGAAUUGCCAGCGUCCGGAGAUCGAUUCAGUGAAGUUCCAGUCAGAAACCUGGCUGAAAUAA